AUGGAACAUUGCAGUCCUGUGAGCCUUGUCGCAAAGCAAAAUUACGCUGCGACCAUGGGCGACCAUGCCUCGAGUCCUGGCUCAAACCGGGAGGGCAGUCGACUGCGUGUGACCCUGGAGCCUCCGUCGGCACUUCCUGGAUACCUUGGAUCAACCAGCUAUUCGGCUGUCCUGACCGAACAUCGCAGUGAUAUCCCGUAUGAGCUGGACAACAGUUCUGCCGCUGCUGCAUCUACUCGAUCUGUUGAUUCGGAUCGCUUACAGCUGGGGAUAGAGAUGCUCAAACUACUCUAUGAUCUUCCGAUCUGUGAUAUUAUGAUUCGAAAAUAUCACGUUCGAACGGUGGUCACGAUUGUGCCGAUUAUCAUUAUCGAAGCUAUUCUGCAAUCAUUUCGAAGGGUAUUCGAAACCUUUGAGGCUGAUGAUUUUGAAACCCAGUUUCAAGAUUUAGUCCAUCAGAUCUUCCAGAAUACCUCUCGUCCGCUGACCGUCCAUGGUUCAAUGACUGUUGAGCAGUAUUUCUCCUCGUUCACGGGGCGAAACUCGCGAUGGGAGGCUCUGGGGAAUAUCUUCGCGAUCACUGGAAUAGCAUUGAUGUCUACCCCAGAUAGUGAUCCUGACCUCAGUCAGGCAGCUCCUGAUAGUGAGGCGAAGGAACGACUCCGUGCUCAGAUCGUUGAAGCCAGCGGCAUAUGCCUUGGCUUCUGCGACCAGGCAUCUUCCGCCAAUGAACUUUUAGGGUUCUUUCAGUACAACGAUGUCAUGCUAAGGACACAGCAAUAUGGAGACUCGAGUUACCAGGCAUGGCGUCGACUCGGUGACUUGUCAGCUACGAUCUACGCUGCUGGACUUCAUCAAGAGAACGUUCAGGCCGACGACUGCCCAUACUUUCUGCGCCAAUGGCGAAGACUCUGUUUUGCUUCUGCAUUUUACGCGGAUAAAUCACUUGCCACUUUUGUGGGCCGACCGCCGCUGAUCAAUUAUCGAUACUGCACACUGACGCCUCCCUUGGAUGUCAGCCAUGAAAUACUGAUUGCCGGGGGAUCCACUUUAACACAAGCCAUUGCAGAAUUGGAUAAGGCCGGUUGGCAUGUCUACGGAAGCACGCAUGCGGUGACUCUCGUCCGCCUUCGAUUCCUGCUCGCUAUAUUUCGGGAGCAGGCCCUCGAGCUAGCGCUUGGCUUCAAUGAUCAGGAUGAUCUUGUACAGAAAUCCAAUCAACUUGUGGGAAAGACACGAACGACAUGGGACACCGCACCUAGUUACUUGCGCUAUGAUAUACGUACCGAGGGGGACGAUGGCGAUAUCUAUUGCUCAUAUUUUGCAUUGCUUCACACGUAUCUUGAUUACCUGUAUACCAUCUUUCUCAUUCAAAGGACGCUUGUUAAACGAACCAACACUGGGCAUGAGGCACUGUUCGACACGUCCCGAGAAGUACUAUCGAUCAUUGUGCGAAUCAAUACAGAGCGAAACUCGCAGAUGGAUAUGAGCCGGCACUACUCGUGGGUCGUUCUCUACUACGGACUGCCCAGUGCUAGCGUCUUGACGCUUGAGCUUCUUCGACAGAGCCAAGAGGUCGGGCCCCAUAGUAUUGUAUUGCCGCGGGCGGAGCUCAUCCGGAAUCUGAGCGUCUUCGUCUCGUGCCUGUCCUGGGUUGCCCGUCCUGGCCAGGGGAAUUACCAGACAUGCAAGGAGGUGGAGAAGAAGCUGUCUCACAUCCUCGAUCAAAUCCUCGACCCACAGCCGGUGCAGGCGGAGGUCUUCAACGACGUGACGUCAGGUCUGUUCAACUAUAUGGAUGGGUAUAAUCCCAACACCUGGGAUUUCAACUUCGAGUAUCUACCAUCAAGGGAUGGGUUCCCGGUCUGA